AUGGCGGAAAUCCCGAAACCAGCGAAGCGCGCCCUCUUCGCGAAGCCGGCCUGGACGAAGCCUACCUCAGAUGCGAAGGCAGUUGAAGAAGGUGACAUAUUUGGCCGCGGAAGUCACUUGAUCGAGGACAUCAUGGCGGACAAAGAACGUGUGAAGAGGGAGAAGCUUGCGCGUAAGCAGCGAAGGGAAAGCGAGGGGACCGAUGGGAGGAAAAAGCGCAAGAGCUCGGACAUGGAAGACGAGGAUGGCAGCUGGGUGGUGGUCAAAAGGCCUGCCAGUCAGGAGCAUGCAGGCGCUGAAAGGCGGCUUUCUGCUUCGAAUCGUGGCGACGUCGCUGGUGGAGGCAGUAAUCGACCCGACACUGCUGCAAGCAAUUCUAUUUCCCCAGAGAAAGCCGCUUCAACUUGCAUGAGCACCCAGCCCAUCUCCCGCGACAGAUACAUCACAAAGCCAACGAAGCAUCCUCCCCCACAGUCUGCCGUGGUCGAUCUACUCGACUCAGAUGAUGACGAUGAAGCACACCUCUACUCGGUUUCGCCUGCGAAAACCGCAACCAAUGGCACGACGAAAGCUUCCGUUCCGCGCUCGGAAUCAGGACAGCGACCCGCCCAGCAUGACUCCGACGAAGAACUCGACCCUUUCCUUCGCGAGCUCGCCGCCAAAGCUCGCGCCAGGCGGAGGGAAGCCGAAGCCGCCAAGAUAGCGUCACCGGUGCGCCCAAAUCCUUCGAUCCAGCGUUCCUCAACCCAACCCUUAUCCGCCGCCAACUCAUUCGAGUUCAAUGCACCGAAUUCGACAGCCACAGACACAGAUGGUCCCGUGAUCCAGAUCCUCAUAACUUCCCGCAUCAACAACGCAAGGCCCCUGCUAGUGAAACGCCGGCUCAAGCAACGCCUCCAUGAAGUCCGGGACGCAUGGUGCAAGCGAGAAGGUCUUCCUUCCGACGAAAGCGCCAGCAUAUUCCUCACCUUCCGUGGCCGAAGGCUUUACGACUCCACCACAUGCAAAAGCCUCGGUAUAGCGGUGGACGAGGAUGGGGAAAUCAUCAUGAGGAGUGGCAAGAGCCGAGGUGCAGAUGGCCUCUGUGAGGGCAAGAUCCACAUGGAAGUCUGCAAUCCGGAGGCGUUUGAGGAGAUGAAGAGAGAGGCGGCUCAGAAGCUGAAGGCGAAGGUGCCGGAGGAGGAACCGUUGCCGACGCAGGAGAAGAAGGUGGAGGAGAAGUUGGUGAAGCUGGUUUUGAAGGCGAAGGGCCAUGAAGACUUCAAACUCCGGGCGAAACCGACCUCUACAUUUGAGGAGAUUGCGAACGGGUUUCGUCGUAAACGAGUGGUUUUGGCGGAUCAGCAAGUUUUUCUCACAUGGGAUGGCGAGCGCUUGUCACCCACGGCGAAGCUCGAAGACACAGAAAUCGCAGAUAUGGAUUCAAUCGACGUACACAUCAAGUAA